GCUUGCCCCUCCCUGCUCUGUGCUCUCUUUUACACACAAGCAAACCCAGCUUCUGUUAUGGCAGGGGCUGCACAUUGGCAUUUACCAAACAGCCGCGGCAUGCCACUUUCCCUGACAGCACCUCCCCGCCUUCUCAGGAGACAGACAGGCUGAGCUGAGCUGAGAGCAGACUGUAGUGGACUGUCUGACACACACGCCCUCAGACAAAGUGAAGAAAACUGCUGAACACAUGUCACCAGAUACCAAAGGUCCCACCAGAUAAUGUGGCAGCAAGUUGUUUGGACAACUGAAGACAAAAAAGUGAUGGAAGGACAAAACGGAAAUAUCGCUCCUCAUAAAACAACAGAAAAUGGAUUUAAAGGGAAGCCCCCGUACUCAGUGGAAACUCCUUAUGGUUUUCGACUAGACCUGGACUUCCUAAAAUACGUAGAUGACAUUGAGAAAGGCAACACAAUCAAAAGAGUCCCCAUCCAGCGCCGAAGCAAAGGCCCUCGAGCCAGCACUCUGCCCAGGCACCUCAACCCCUCUGGAUGCGGCUACCGCCCGAGCCCCUGGGGAUCUACUGGAGCUCUUGGCCCCAGAUCAAGACUGACAGAUGCCCAUCACCAUGGCUACACUUCCUUGGCAAAUGAUCACAGGUCGCAACUUUCAGGGCUCAAAUCCCUGGCAGAGAUGGAGGCCAGAAUCAAGGAGUUUGAUGAGCAGCCUCUUGGUGAGCACAUCAGACCUAAUCUCCUGCGUGCCUCCAGUCUGCCCCUCACAGUCUUACUGAGACAGGGAUCAGAGUCCACAGACGAGCCCGGGAGCCUCCGGAGUUCGAGGGACCAUCUUGGAGGGAGAAACGCCUCCUGUGAAGAUGUCUUCGACUCCUCGGAGAGCCCUGGACCUCAGGACUGCUCAGGACUGUUGAGGCGCCUGUCUGAGGCCCUUGAACGUGUGGGCGAGCUGGAGAUGGAGGUGAAGGUGAUUCCAGAGCUCAAGGCGCAUAUCUGCAUCCUCCAGGAGGAGAGGGAAAGGCUACGUCUGGGCCUGAAUCCACGUAUCCCAUCCCCCUCGAUGAACGGAAUAACAGACCCUCACACCUCAUCCCACUACGGCACAGGGGAUGUCAAAAGGCCUCGGCAUGAAAGUCAUAUCAUGUUUCCAAGAAAUCACAGCCUCAGUCAAGAUGACUCUAACCCCACACACGAGUGGAGGACUAGUACAGACCUGGACGAGCUGCUGACGGUGACGUCCCUGCAGGCUAAGGUAGCCGUGCUGGAGCAGAAGCUUCAUGAAACUGGCCUGGAGCUGCAGAGGACCAUGGCGCUGCUGAGGGAGCAGCAACAGGAGAGCAGAAGGAAAGAUGAGAAGAUGGAGCACCUCAUCAGGAAUCCUGCGGUGUGGGUCCGAGCAGAGAGGGUGGUGGUUGACCAGGAUGGAGAUGAGACUGUGGUACGAUCCAUGGAACCACGUGACAAAGUAUCAAGAUGUCCAGAUGCAAAAACUGUCACAACAGAUGGACGAAAGAGUCAACAACAAGACCCACUAGUGUCUGUGGAACCCUCAGAUGAGACAGCAGUGGUCGUCCACCACAUAAAGAAGAUCAAGAGGCUCCUGAAUGAGCAGUGGGAGUGUUUGUGUGCAGACCAGGAGUCAGGAGAGGAGGGUAAGCCUCUACGGCACCCUGACCCCAAAGUCAACUCCCUGCAGCAAGAGAUGAUGGGACUCGUUGACAUCCUCACCUCCUACUGCUCACAGCAAGGACACAGUGAUGGAGAGACCAAUAAUGGAGUCUCUAAAUCCAUCAUGAGGAUAGACGGAUGCACCGGGAUGUCAAAAAGCCUCCAUUCUGUGGGUGUUAAUGAAGGACGCAAAAGUGGAAAUCUGGUUGGGCAGGACUGUGUGAGCCAGAGUGAGCAGAAGGAGAGUAGCAUCAGCCCUAUGGAGAUGGCUGCUGCCCAGGUGGAUGCAGACCCAGACAAGAGACGGAUGGAGGGAGCGAGGCAAACAGGCCCAGACGGACAGAUGAUAUCGGGAGGAGCGGGAUCAGGGUGGACAGAUGGAGGCGUAGCGUCUGUGGAAGCCGAGAAAACGGCCAAGACGAAACCACAGCCCCUAGCAGAACAGAUGGUGGGGAACUCUGGCUCAGAAAGCACCACCAGGGGCAGAGAGACAGUGGGGGCAGAUUUUCUGACUGCUUGUCAGUUCCUCAAAGAUCACAUGGACAACAUGGAUAACCCCAACAAUGACAUGAGGAAGGCCCUGAUCGUGUUGUUUCAGCACUGGUUCACUGCAGCAGCAGAGGAGACUUCAGUGGCCAGCAUGGUGUCUGUGUACCUGAGAGAAGUAAAGAGAGCCACACCUUCACUGCUGGCCUUCCUGAUCAACCUGGCUGAUGAUAAUGGCAACACAGUGCUGCAUUACAGUGUGUCCCACUGCAACUACAACAUUGUCAGCCUGUUACUGGACACAGGUGUGAGUGAUGUGAACCUUCAGAACAAGGCCGGCUUCACAGCAGUGAUGCUGGCCUCACUGACAGCGCCUGAUGGUCCAGGUGGCAUGGAGGUGGUCCGCAAGCUAAUGGAGCUGGGCAACAUUAAUGUUCGCUCCGGCCAGACGGGUCAAACAGCUCUGCAUUUGGCAGUGAGACAUGGGCGAGUGGUGAUGGUUCGCCUGCUGCUGAGCUAUGGAGCCGACACUAACAUCCAGGACAGCCAGGGAACCACGGCCCUGAUGUUUGCAUCUGAGAGGGGCCACACACACAUUGCAAGGCUGCUGCUGGAGAGGAGCCAGUGUGACCUCACUCUGACUGACAAGCGUGGUCAAACUGCACUCUCUAUCGCCAUGCAAGGUUCCCACACGGAUACAGCCGCCCUCCUGCAGGCCCAUGCUAAAGCUCGAGCUUUAUAGUACUGGAAAACUGGAAUACAAUCUGCAGAUAUAUGAUCCUCUCUCAUUUGCUCUUUUCUGGCUGAUGCACUUUGAAAUCCGGUUUAAUGCUGAUGCUGUGUGCUUGGGUUGAGUUGUUGCUGCCAUAUUGUUUCUGAACUCUGGACAUCUGCACAAGCAUUAGCGUGAGUUUCGGAUGGGAUGUCAGUGUUAUAACAAAAAACUCCUCAGCAAGUGAGGUAAAGCUUGGAUUUUUUCUGGUGCAGUAUUCAAUAAAUGUGCGGUUUUCAAUUGUCUGUACUGUUGAUGUAAAGACAUCACGGUUAUGUCUAAACUUUGCACACCAACGUUGAAUCUUAGCUUUGCAAACUAUGCAAUUAGAAAUAUUUAUUUUAUGACAUGUUUAUUGUAUUAGGCGCCUGAAUAUGUUGACAAUGAUCAAAAGGUCUGUGUUGUUUAAAGUUUUUUUUAGAAAAUUACAGAUUACUAUUUGCAUUUUGCAGCACUUUUUAAAAUAAAAUGUGUGUAAGAUAUACCAGAAAAAAAACUUGCUGCAUGCCAAGUACAUGAAAGAAAGAGAGUUUGUCGGUGCAAAUAAACCAACCUGUUGAUUUCACUCACUAGAGAUUGCUAUACUGAUGUAUAAACGGCUUGUUUUUAAUAAAAUGACAGAAAACUGAA